AUGAUACCCCCAGAGUACGACUAUGACAAUGAAACUAUUAUUUUAGAAGAUGAUGUUGAACAUGAAGUGAGUAUUUUAAAAUUAUUAAGUAUAUGUUUAUAAAACUGAUAUGCAGUCAAACCCCUUUAGUAUGACAAUCAAAGGACUGCUCUAAACUUGUCUUUAUCACUAGGGUGUCACAAUAUUUAAGCCAAGCGUUUGGGAUAGAAGUCCUCUUACAAAGAGUGGUAAGGAAGCUGUUAUAACAAAGAAGUUGUCAUUCUGAAGAGGGAGCCACUCUAUCGAGAGUCGUGCUAAAGAUCUUUCACUGUAUAUCUUUUGUAUUUUGCCUUGUUUUUCAUAUAAAAAUAGUGACUUGAGCUUAAUAUAGAUUUGUAAACGAGCCGGGCCCCACCUUUUCAGCCCGCUUUUUUUCGUAUUUGCUAGAGUUUAGAAAAGGCCGAGUUAGCUCUCUUCCAGGUCUAGCUAAAAGUUUUUAAUUGAUUUAAAAUAUUUCUUUUAGAUAACACACGAAACACUUAUAGCAUGGUUUUGUGUGUUCAGCUACGCCAUUUCAACCAUUCUUUGUGUUAUAUCUUUGAGGAUUUUUAGGCAUUAUCAGUAAGUUUUUAAAUAUAAUUUUAUAAAUGACAUUUUUUCUAAAAGGAGUAUGUUAUUAUCAACUUUUGCUAGGUUAAGAGAAGAAAUUUGAAGGGUAAUAAAAGAGAAAGGCAAGAGUAAGACAAAAGUAGCGCAAGGGUAAGGCAAGAAUAAAGCAAGAGUAGGGCAAAGUUAGGAAAAGGGUAGAGCUAGAUUCGGGGCAAAAUUAAGUUAUGUGUAAGGCAAAGGUAAGGCAAGGGUGGGGCAAGAGUAGAGCAAAAGUAAGGCAAAGACAGAGCCAGAGUACGGCAAGGAUAAGGCAAAAGUAGGGCAAGAGUAGAGUAGAGUUAAUGUAAGAGUAAGGCAAGAGCAAGAGUAGAGAAAAAGUAAAGCAAGUAUAUGGUAGGUUAAAAAAGUAUAUUUGGUAAAAUACGGGCGGUAUACCUUUUUUCAGGAAACUAUGGUGUCUCCGCAACCUAAUCCACUUCAAUUUUAUAUUAUGUAUAGUAAUUCACAAUAUGGCAUGGUUGACAGCCUUGUUCAGUAGUUACUUCGGAGCCUACAAAUGUGUGAUAACCUUCAUUUUGUUUGAAGUAAUCAAGUUCUGUGUAACAUCAAUCUUCUGUUGGAUGUUGGUUGAAGGUGUCUAUCUGUACAUGAGUGUAAUGCAUUGUUUACAUGCCUACAAAGUAAAUUACUUCGCAUGUGCAUCGAUUGGCUGGGGAAUACCGUUAUUAUUGACUGGUAGAAAAUUGGCUACCUUGGGUUUACAGGAGCUAGAGGAUAUACUGAGGUAAAUUUAAUUUUAAUUAAUUUAUAAAUAAUUAAAAAACAUUUUUUUUAUAUUUUUUCUAUAAACUUUUUGACCAAGACGGUAAAAUAUGAAAAAUUGAUAGUAUAACUUUACAAAAUUAUUUCUCUAUUUGAUUUUUUGCUCUUAUAGAAAUUACGAGAUUAAAAUUCAAAAAAUUGAGUUUUCAUAGCGAAGUGUCACAAAAUUUACUGAUUUUUUUUAAAUUUAAAAUUUUAUCACAUUAUUGUUUUUAUCAGUUAAGAAAAGUCUUUCAAACAUUUGAUUUGUAAGGCUUACUACUUUUUGUGUUUAAGUUACUCAAUAUCGACUUUUGUUGCGAAGUGUCAUAGAAAUUAUAAACUUUUUCAAAAUCUAAAAUUUAUAAAAUAAUUGUUUUUACUAGUUAAGAAAAGUGUUUAAAAUAGUUGAUUUGUAAGUCUUACGGCUUUAUGAAUUUAAAUUGUUUAAUAAACCCAAUUUGUUGCGAAGUGCCACAAAAAUUACUGAUUUUUUUCAAAAUCUAAAGUUUUAUAAAAUUAUGUUUUUACUUGUCAACAAGCCUUCCAAACAUUUGAUUUAUAAGCCUUACCACCUUAUUGAUUUAAAUUACUAUAUAUUAGCAUUUGUUGCGAAGUGUCACAAAAUUUAUUGUUUUUUUCCAAAUUUUAUAAAGCUUUGUCAAACUUGUUUUUAUGAGUUAAAAGUCUAUUUUAAAAUGAAAAACAGAUAAAUUUUGUCUAUUUUAAAUGUCGACCUUACUGCAACAUUCAUUUCAGAUGCUUUUACAUUGAUGAAUCAUUGGACACAUGGUCAGUAUAUCUGAUUAUAGGCAUUAUAAUGGUAAUUUUUAUUUUGGAUUUGGUAUAUUUUAGUUUUUUUUGUUGAUAUAUUACUGUAAUUUUCGAAAAUGCUUUUAAAAUUCUAUAAUAUUUUGAAAAAAUUUUUUUUUUAAUUGAAAAAUUUUUAAAUAAUUAAUAUUGUUUUAGAUAAACCUAGUCAUUUUGUUUGUAAUAAUCUACGUUUUGUUUGCCAAAUUUCGAAAAGUGGAGCAGAAAGAGUGGAAGACGAUUAGAAAUCUUCUCCGUGCUUUGCUAUUCCUUUGCCCUUUGCUUGGGAUCAAUUACUUGUUUACAUUGUAUCAACCACAACACCCGGAAUGGCUGGCACAACUCAUUGUUUACUACACGUUGGCUGUGAAUUCGACACAAGGAAUCUUCAUCUCCAUUUGUUUUUGUUUUUACAAUGAUGAGGUAGGUUAAUAUAAGGUUUUUUGAAAUUUAAUGGUUAAGAGGGGGGAGGGUAUGGUAGAUUAGCAGUAAUGCUGGGACAAUGAUAGAAAAAGGUACGACAGAGUCGAAGCUUGAGUAAAACAAAAUUCGGAGCUAGGAGUCCGGCUAAGACUAAUUGUUGUAAGGCUAGCAUUAGAACUAGGGCUAAAGGUAGAACUAAACUAUGACUAUGUAUUAGGGCCCUGGGCUAGGGCUAGGACUAAGUCUAGGUGUAGGUCUACGUCUAACACUAGGGCUAAGCUUGGACUUUGGGCUAGGGCUAAAGCUAGUCCUUAUGUUAAGUUACAGGACUUUUGGCUAGACUAGGUUUGGGAUGACUAAGACUAAGGUACGGUAAAGCAAAGGCGAGGGUAAGCCAAGACUUGGUCAGGGAUACCUUAGAAGAGAGAUGCCCCUAAUGGCCUUGAUCUCAAAAUUCAAAAAGUUUUUUUGUAAAAUUUUUAAAAUAAAAUAAUAAUAAAUUGUAAAAUGACAUUUUGCAGGUUCGAUCGUGCAUUUCCCGUUCAGCACGACAAACAUAUUACUCAUUGUCAGUACGCGUACACGAAAUUCGACGCAAAAGUUUGGAUGGAAGUCAGAUGACUUUCAUAGGCAACGCCUAG